AUGUCGGCUGAAAGUAAGGACAACAAAGUUCUCGAGAUGGACGUGCGGCACGGAAGAAACGUGAAGAGCUACUCCUACGAGGAGGCCCUGGACAUGACAGUUAUUUCCUCAUUGAAAGGUCAUGGGAAGUACAACAAGGGUCUUCUGUUCGCGUGUUUUAUGCUGAUCAUAGCGAUGUCAAUCGACAUCUACGGCGUGGGCAUCAUCGUGACGGUGGCCUCCUGCGACUUGGGACUGAACUUGCAGCAAGUCGGAAUAUUGUCGUCGAUGCCUUUCGCAGGUAUUAUCGUGAUGUCCUACCCGUGGGGCUACCUCUCGGACACGCGCGGUAGGAAGCUGGUGCUGAUGUGGGCCAUGAGCGGCAGCUUCAUCUCCGCUGUCAUCAGCAGCUUAGCACCGAAUUGGAAAGUUUUAGCUGCCAUGCGGUUCCUCAGUUCUGCUUUCUCCAGUGCAGCGGAGUCAGCAACUUAUGCGCUGCUGGGUGAGUGCUGUAAUGCUAGCACCCGAACUAGGUACAUGCUUCUCAUGACCAGCGCGCUCAUGCUGACUCCCACUUUGUAUUACGUGUGGGCAUACUUAAUAGUAAAGUUGAAUUUCACGAUCUAUAUAAUGGGCAUCGUGUACCGUCCCUGGCGUCUCCUGACCCUGGUGAUGGCACUACCACUGGGCAUUGGAGCGCUCCUACUGUGGUACUUCAGCGAGAGCCCCAAGUUCCUCGCCAACGUCGGCAGGUUCGAUGAAGCGGUCUUGGUCUUAAAGCGGAUUUAUAACGUCAAUGGAGGGGAGUCAGAAAAAUAUAUUGUAAAAAAGAUACACCUAGAAGAAGGCAGCAAGGAGAACCUGGACAAGGUGACUCUCCGCUCGCUGUGGGAACAGAUCGCUCCGCUCUUCAAGCCACCUCUCUUGAAGAGGACACUCUUGCUCUAUUAUUUAACGUUCGUCGUGUACAUCGCGAAUAACAGCUUCGCGAUCAUCUUGCCGUCGAUAUUCAACGUGUUCUUCACGUCGUACGCCAGCCGCGGCUCCGGCUCCAGCUUCUGCGAACUGUUCGCUGAUGGCUCCAGCAACGACGCCACACCCGUCUCCUCCAAUGUUACUGCCUACACGGUGUACGCGGGCUGCGUGCACGGGCUCUCCUUCUUCCUGCUCAACAUGCUCAUCUCGCAAUGCGCGCGCAGACCGAAGGUGCUAACAAUAACGAUCCUUAUAAUAGCAGCUAUCGCCGCCAUCUUCAUCGACGUCACCGGGGAGGCGAUUUCGGGGCUGUUCCUCUUCUACAUAUUCUUGACCACCGCGAUGGUGUUCGGCGUGGUGUCCUCGUACUUUGUCACGUUGUAUCCCACAUCCUAUAGAGGCAUGGUGGCGUGCCUUGGCAUGAUGGUGGCGAGGAUGAGCGCCUUCGGUGGUACCAACGCGGUGAGCGCGCUCGUGGGCGUGGCCUGCAGGACCACCAUGCAGGCCGCCGCCGGCCUCGUUGUCAGUGGAGCCAUCGCCGCGUACUUCCUGCCGCCGGACAGCGAACAAAUAAUGUAGUCCAUAAUUAGUUUGUAAUGUAAACAGUUUUAUCAAAUUAAUGUACUUUAUAGAUUUACUUUAACUUAUAUAAUUUUAGUGUUAAUAUAUUGUUAACGUUAAGAAAUAUUUUUAGCGUAAGUGUUUUUUAUAAUGACUUAAAGUGUUAAAAGAAUAGGCAAGUGUGAAAUAAAAUUUGUUACAUUUAUUUGAAAUCAUAACAGCGUAAACUAAUGGACUUGUUACAGUGACUUAUUUUAUACAAAGUUUUAAUACCUAUUAGUUUUAGUGAUAAUUUCGCUAGGUUUCCAUUGAUUCUUUUGUGAAGUCAGUCGCGUCCCCUGGUAAGAGGAACGCUAUGACGCCUCCAGCUGAAAUUGUAAACAAAUGAUAAAUAUUUCUUUAACAAAACGAGUUGCAAUAAAGCUAUGAAACUAUGUUUAA